UUUUGCUUUUCUUCCAUUUUCUAUUUAAUCUCAUAUAAUAAAUCCAUUAAUUUUGGUUUCUUGAUGACAACGACAUGUCAACCUUUCUUGUUUGCUGGCAACACCUACCUUGUAUCUUUAGUUUUCUCCAAAAAAGUUUUGUGUAGCUUCAUCUUCUAUGGAGAAGAAGCUGGUUCUGUUGUUCUUGGUUGUGUUUUUGUUCAUAAAUCUAACAAACGCCACCGUUAGGGUUCAGUUUUGUCCUAGAGGAUCUGCAAAAGAUUAUAUCUUAGGGUUUCGAGAUAGAUCAGCUUUGCAUCGUUCUAGUUUUGUUUCUGUCACCGAGGGAGAUGAUCGGUGGUUACAAGUGGCUUCUGAUAUGAUUGAUAAGAACAAGUGUGACUAUGUGGCUUUACUCUUCUAUGCAUCAUGGUGUCCUUUCUCUAGACUAGUUAGACCAAGCUUUGAUCUUAUCUCUUUGAUGUAUUCAUCGAUUCCUCACUUUGCAAUUGAGGAAUCAUCAGUUAAAACAAGUACUCUUUCCAAAUAUGGAGUUCAUGGGUUUCCUAGUAUCAUCCUUUUGAAUUCAACAAUGCUUGUAGCUUACCGGGGAUCCCGAACACUAGAUUCACUUGUUGCCUUCUAUAGUGAUAUUACUGGAAUCAAAAAGCUGGACGAAACUUGGGUUGAGAAAAACAGGUUAAUUCCUCAUAUCCACGCAGAGCCAGAGAAUUGUCCUUUCCCAUGGGCAAGGCGAUCACCCGAGAAUCUACUUGGCCAAGAGACUUAUCUGACUCUUGCCACAGUGUUCGUCUUGUUAAGAUUGCUACACUUAAUAUCACCCACAAUGUUCUUGUUUUUGAAGUUCAUUUGGGGGCGGAUUGCUAAGAAUAUGAGACCGCAAAGAAAGCUCUUGGAGCAUACUGUUGCCGUGUAUCUCAAAGAACCUUGCAUGAGUAGCAAUUUGCAGGAAGGAGCAAUGAAUGCUAAAGCAUGGGCUUCCAAGUCAUUAGCCACAGUCUCAAUCGGGGAACCAACCUCAUCAAACAGAAAUGAUUCCGCUUCACAGUGACAUUAUAUACCUUUUUCGAGGAUUCAACAAACAUGUAUAAUAAAACACAACAGUUCCACUGAACAAUGAGGGGCUUUGAUUCAUAGCUUACAAUUUUGUAGCAAAGUGUAAAAAAAUGCUAUCAGAUUACAACAUUGUAGCCUAAUUCAUAAUACAAAGACUGAUACUAAAACUA